AUGGAAGCAACUCUUUUUCGAUCGCUCCUAUAUUGCUGUUUAACCGGGCUGCUCAUAGCUGUUUCAUACCAACGUUUCCUAGCGAAUGCCUCAUUCCUGCUAGGACGGGUUGUCGCUGCUGUUAUCUUGCCACCUUGCUUUGGUGCUCCCUCCUAUCUGGGCGGAUAUAAGCCACGCCCAGAAUACUGGGACCUUGACCUUGAUGGUCGAAAACCAGUGCUUUUCUCCUUCAAAACCCCCUUCUCAGAAGUGAGAGCCUACUAUGUACCGCCGCUCCAGCAGUCCGACGUCCAGCAAUUGAUUGUGGGAUAUCCAGGAAAUACUCGCGCGGUUGGAGCCCUCAUGUCAGAUUUCUGGCAGCACUUCGGGCCGCAUGUUCAUCUGAUGCUGGUGAACCCCCCUGGGUAUGGCCAUUUUGAUGAAGAUAGGUCUUCACCUAUGAUAGGCAGGAAUGAUGCGCUUCUGGAGGCGUGGCUUCGUGCGAUCCCAGAUACUUUGGAACGGGACUUCCUGACUUCACCAAACAUCGAGUGGGAGAGAUUCAAUCCACGUACAGUGGUCAAAAAUGAUAAUGUCAUCAAGACAAGCGCAGGUCCAAUCGAUAAACUUCCAAGAACUUUUGUUGAUUGGAACAUCAUUGGCUUUGGGCGGUCGUUUGGUGCCUUUCUUGACUCAUGCUCCCCCUCCACAAGCGACUCGGACGUGUUAUAUAUGGCGUUCCAAAGCAUCGAGAAAAUAAAUCCGGCUGGUAUCCGUGGAUUGAUCUGGAGACUCCUUCGUCCUUGGAAUCCGUUCCCGAGCUGCGGUAGUCAACUAAUUCCUGAUGCAUUGCAAUCUUCACUGAAUGAGCCUCAACGACAAUUUAUUAAAGGAUAUAAUGGGACUGUUUUUACUGGAUUGACGUCAAACCUUGCCCCGAUUUUUGAGGCUGGAAAAAUGUCUCUUGUGGCUGUCGCCUCCAGAGAAGAUGUCGUUGGUAGAAUGGAAGCCCCAACUCAGGGAACCGAUGGUAUGACAUAUUUUGUUCUUGAAGGUGAUCACGGGGCACUACCCAAUGCGGAUUUUAAAAGGAUCUUGAGAAAGCAUUUGGACGACUGUGCAGCUGCGCAUAGAGCCCGACAACUUGGACAAGAGGAAAUAUAG